AUGUCAGUUAUAAUACCAGGAGAUCAUAUUCCGCCCAACGAGGUCAAAACAACAAUCGGACCUGGUUUUUAUAGACAACCCAUCACCGAUAAUGUGGUUCCAGUGUCUGCUGGUAUCGUACAUGACAAAAUUAAUAAACAAGGUACCAAUCGUCUUCUUUAUGUCGACUCGAAUUCCAAACGUUACAUCCCACAAGUGAAUGAUUUUGUCAUAGGAAUAGUCACCGGGGUUAUAGGUGAAGCGUACAAAGUUUCGUUACAGGGUUUCUCGUCUAGUGUGCUGUUAUCGAUGAUGGCCUUUCCCAAUGCCAAUAAAAAGAACCGUCCCAAUCUCAAAAAUGGUCAGGCUGUUUAUGCCAGGGUAACCAAAGCCAUGUCUGAGAUAGAGAGUGAAAUAGAAUGUAUGGACUCAUCUGGUAAGGAGGGUGGUUUUGGUGUAUUAAGUGAAAGUGGCCUCAUUUUCGAGGUGAACUUGCAUUAUGCUCGAGACUUAUUGUUCAGCCACAACUCACCCAUUUUGGAGAAACUCUCUUCCAAAUGUAAAUUUGAGAUUGCUAUAGGUAUAAAUGGCAAGAUAUGGAUCAAAUGUGGUGAGGGUCUCGUCGAUGUGGUCAAUGAAGACCAAGACGAGGCCACCAUGAUCCACGAUAUGAAGACUACAUUGGCCGCAUCGAGGUAUAUCAAAAACUGUGCCAAGUCUGCCCCCGAGGAUUUCGAUCGCCAGCUCAAAGAAGCAUUCAAGGGCUUGUAG